CACCCCUGACCUUCACGGAGUGCUUAACCCGUUUGUCUUUCUCACCAAGCUACCAUGGCCCCUCCUGCUCAGCGUGCUCCAAUCCGAGUUUUGCCCAUUGUUAUGCCUUCUGGUCGCCGACAGUACAUGGUCUUCACGCGAACGCUGACCUCCCCGGUGCUGCAAAUCGACUAUGGUCUUGUACCGGCAUCCAUCGAGCUACGCCCUCCCCGCGUACCCGAACAUCACAAUGAGAGACUCGAGUGUCUUUCACCCGAAGUGCUGGAGGAUAUUCCCGAACGUCACUUUUUCUUCUUCGAACACCGUACGCCGGUAGAUAAUGGACCUCCCAUUUUGGAUCAGCUUAUCGAGCUCGGGGUUCUGGCUCCAACCACCCGCAUGUGCGUCAAAGGCCCUCUUGCCGGCAAAGCAAUCCUCGUUCGCAUUCUGCUUUCAUGGGAUGAAAUUGCACAUUCCUGUUUGUCAGGGAUCCCAAAUGAGGUUCGCCAUUGGGAAGCACCUGAUAUGCCCCGUUUUAUGCCCUGCGGGCCAUGCUCCCGUGUUCGGGGACGUUCCCCGGUAUACUACUGUUCACCCGCUUGCAUGAACGGUUGGUGGAACGUUCAUCAGCGUGACUGUGGAAAGACCCGCAAAGAGUUCUGGACAUACCUCGAGAACGUGCACCGGGUCUCGGACCCUACUUCCCGCAAAUGGAUAGGCGAAGGCCCCGGCAAGAUGGUUGCAGCGGAUCUCACUCACUUCAUUCGCUGGCCCAUGGAGAGGAAAGAGAAUGGCUGUCAAGAUCUGAUGCCUGGGUGGUGAGCGUCCGGUGACCGGCAAGUACCGCAAAAAGUGCCUAGGCCAGGCACAUGAGAUCGUGCUCGAUGAGCAGCGCUUGUAUCCGAUUUAUGUUUGAAACAUCUGCCUCGCUUAACAUCGUUGUAAUCCGUAUGUAUCGUUGGUAGAUUCGUUGGAAUUACGUAGCAAUCGAGGUUGACGUCCC